AUGGAAGGAUCUCCGGGAACUUCCAUGCAUGGAGUCACCGGAAGAGAGCCGGUGCUUGCAUUUUCAGUUGCUUCUCCGAUGGUGCCGACAGACAAAACGGCGCAUUUCGAUUUGCCGGUGGAUUCAGAGCACAAGGCCAAGAAAUUCAAACUCUUCUCCCUCGCUAAUCCACACAUGAGGACUUUCCAUCUUUCCUGGAUCUCCUUCUUCACCUGUUUCGUCUCCACCUUCGCCGCCGCCCCACUUGUUCCGAUCAUCAGAGACAACCUCAACCUCACCAAGGGAGAUAUCGGAAACGCUGGAGUCGCCUCCGUCUCCGGCAGUAUUUUUUCCAGGCUGGUGAUGGGCGCCGUCUGCGAUCUGCUGGGCCCCAGGUACGGUUGCGCGUUCCUGGUCAUGAUGACUGCUCCGACAGUCUUCUGCAUGUCAUUUGUCUCUUCCGCCGGCGGCUACGUGGCGGUCCGUUUCAUGAUCGGAUUCUCUCUUGCAACUUUUGUGUCUUGCCAGUACUGGAUGAGCACCAUGUUCAACAGUCAGAUCAUCGGUCUUGUCAACGGAACCGCCGCAGGAUGGGGGAACAUGGGAGGCGGCGCCACCCAGCUACUGAUGCCGCUGCUUUUCGAGAUAAUCAAGAGCGCCGGAGCGACGCCGUUCACCGCCUGGAGAAUCGCCUUCUUCAUACCAGGAUGGCUACAUAUCAUCAUGGGUCUUUUGGUCUUAACACUUGGCCAAGAUUUGCCUGAUGGAAAUCUAAGUACCCUCCAAAAGAAGGGAGAAGUUGCUAAAGAUAAAUUCGGCAAGGUGUUGUGGUAUGCAGUGACAAACUACAGGACAUGGAUUUUUGUUCUGUUAUAUGGUUACUCCAUGGGCGUUGAACUCUCAACCGAUAACGUCAUCGCCGAAUACUUUUACGAUAGAUUUGACCUAAAGCUUCACACAGCCGGAGUGAUAGCGGCAACAUUCGGCAUGGCGAAUCUGUUGGCCCGUCCGUUCGGUGGAUUCGCUUCCGAUUAUAUGGCUCGACAUUUCGGAAUGAGGGGAAGGCUUUGGACUCUUUGGACUCUUCAAACAAUGGGUGGUGUUUUCUGCAUUCUUUUGGGAAGAGCUACUUCUCUUCCUGUUGACCGGCGCAGGAGGAACUUCGGUUCCGGGUUGACCCAGGUGUUGUUCUUCACGAACGCGAUACACAGCACCGGAACAGGCCUGAGCUAUAUGGGGAUAAUGAUAGUGGCGUGCACACUUCCGGUGGCGGCGAUCCACUUCCCGCAGUGGGGGAGCAUGUUCUUCCCUCCAUCAAAGGGUGUGGUGGAAGAACAUUACUACAUCAAAGAGUACACUGAGGAUGAGAGGGAGAAGAAUAUGCACCUCGGCAAUAUCAAGUUCGCCGAGAACUGCCGGUCUGAACGCGGCGGCAACCGUGUGGUUUCGGAGGCCACACCACCACAUGCUUGA